UUUACAGUCAGCUGUCAAACACACACGUGAUUUUCACUUUACACACUAUUAUGAUCCAUUCUUACUACAUUUCUGGAGAUUUAACGCACAUUUAAAUGAGUCUGGAGCCCAGGAGGAGAGCAGUGCAGGAUGAUUCCUGUGGUACCUGAGACUUACACUCACGUGUUGGCCGAGUUUGACUGUCUGGACCCCCUCCUCUCUGCCCUGCGACUGGACUCAGGCCGGAUCAAAUGCACGUGUCUCUCCGUGUCGAAGAAAUGGCUGGCUCUGGGCACUUCUGCCGGAGGACUUAACCUCAUUCAGAGAGACGGAUGGAAGCAAAAACUGAUCCUCACACACAAAGAAGGCUCUAUCACGCAGGUUGCAUGCUGCCCCCAUGAUGAGGACUUUAUCGCUGUGGCAACGAGUCAGGGUGCGGUAGUGGUGUGGGAGCUACACUUGGAGCGGCGUGGUCGUCCGGAGCGCGCAUCUGUGUCCUGGGAGCAUCGUGGACAGACGGUUACGUCUCUGUGUUGGGACACCUCGGCCCUCCGAGUGUUUGCAGGAGAUGUUGGAGGGAAAGUGUCCUGCGUACGGGCUGGGUCCUCUAAACUUGGGAAGGCCUCUGCAUUUGUUAUCUUCCCAGUUCAGACCAUCACCACGGUGGAUUCCCGUGUCGUCCAGCUAGGGUACACGGAUGGACACCUGGUGGUCUCGUCUCUCAGUCGCUGCUACCUGUGUGACACUGAGAGGGAGAAGUUCUGGCGCGUGGGUAAUAAAGAGCGAGAUGGAGAGUUUGGGGCGUGUUUUCUCCUGCUGGGUCAGCGGGGUCAGGCGGGCGGUCCUCCUCCCCUACUGUACUGUGCCCGGCCGGGUUCACGCAUUUGGGAGGCCAGUUUUACCGGAGAGGUUCUGAGUACACACCAGUUCAAACAGCUGCUGGCCUGCCCACCACUGCCACUCAUCUCUUACAAGAAUGAACCACAUUACAACCCUGAACAAACGAGUCCACAGUCUCUGGCUUUCCCAAGACUAAUGCAGUUUGGUGAACAAAACCUGCUCACAUGGACUGAUUCGGCUAUCUACAUAUUCACCCCUCACAGUGGGCAAGUCCUUCUGUGGACAGAGGUCAAAGACAUAGCAGAGAUCACAGUUUUCCGAAAUGAGUUGUUUUGUCUACAUGGUGAUGGUCGUUUGUCUCACCUGUCGUUGGUGUCACCUGAGCGCUGUGUGGAACGGCUGUUGAAGAGAGAGAACUGGACGCUUGCCGCAACCGUCACCUGCAUGUUUCAGCACGCUGUUAUUACAUCCAGGGCCAGAAAGUCCCUCCCCAUUGAUCGACUGGAGCAACUCAAGACUCAGCUAAACUCCGCCUCCCAGCAGCAGCUGAUUGGUCAGCUGGAGGAAGUGAUCAGUAAACUAGAACCACUGGACUCCGCCUGCAGCAGCCGCAGGAGCAGCAUUUCCUCUCACGAAAGCUUUAACGUUUUGGACUGUGGUAUAUACCGCGUCAUCAGCCGAAGAGGCAGCCAAUCAGAUGAGGACACCAACUCCAUCGCCAACCAAUCGAUGCUUGAGGAGGAACGGCUGAAGGAGUUUAAUUUCACUGAGGAGGAACAGGGAGAGAACGACUCUCAGUCUGUGCGAGGAGAGAGCGACAGGUCUGACCUCGGUCUGCAAUUCCUGCCGCUGUCUUUCCGCCCAAAACCACCACGAGUUGCUCUGCAGGCUGUGCGAGACAGUGUCUCUAGCUUCAUGAAGAAGACCACAGAGAAGAUCAACACUCUUCAGAUGAAUGCUGACCUUUGGCCUCGGCCUGACCUCAGGGAAGGUGUUCAAGGUGAGGUCACGGCCCCUGCAACCCCUCUUCCAGAUGAAGUGGACCAUGAUGUGAAUUCGGAGCAGUCCAGUUCAGAUUCUGAGCUGCAGGAGUUGAGGGUCGCCACACAGAAAGCUGUCUCUCAGAUCCAGGACCCCAUGGUUUUACUCGACCCUGUCUGUCUUGGGGAAGUGCUCCGAGACUGGGCUCCGGUUCUGGAGAGGGUUCUGGGCCCUGAAGAUCACACCAGACCAGGAGAAAGAGAAAAUGGAACGACAAAAGAGGAGGAGAAGACCUUAGAAGAAGAAGAAGAAGAGGUCAUGCCAUCAAUGUCCUGUUGCGUUGUGAUUCAACCGGAGAGCUCAUCAGCGACUGACCUGGAUGAAUCCUCAACCCUUGCCGAAGAAGAGGACCUUAGAGAGAGCAUCCCAUGUUCCACUGCCCCAGUCAGAGCGACGUUUCCACCGCUCACUAACCCUGUGGAACUAAUUCAGCUGUUUUCCCCCAAACCUUUGCCUCCUGAUCUUAACACUGACCUCUCGCAGUUGGCCUGUCUUUACCUGGACUUGGGCUGUCCGGGUGGAUUAAGGGAUGAGAGAGGAGGGGUGGAGAGUGUAUGUGUGUUCCUCAGGAGAUAUUUCUUCCUGUUGGACCAGGAGAGAGUGAGGAAGAUGUGUAUGCUGAAGUACAGAGAGCAGCCCGAGGUGCUGAAGGCGUACAUCGCUGGCAUGCUGGAGUUCACGCAGGCCAGUAAGGUAGUGGAGGUGAUUCAGAAGGGAGAUCUGCUGAAAUCUUUGCGCAGUUUGCGAGACCUUCAACCCUGGAAUGCACCUCUGCUCCUCUCACACCUGUACAGACUCUAUGAGAAACAUGGAGAGGUGGCCGUUCGUGCCUACCCACAGUUCUUUCCCACAAUCCUCCCCUCUGACAUUAUGGCCAUGGCUCUGCCCAGCCACUUCCUGCCUUAUCUGGACAAUCUCGUCCAAUCACGAGCCGAGCAGCAGAGGUUGUCUUUCCUGGGUUCUCUUCUCCAGCCGGAAACUCUGCGACAGGAUUGGUUGGAACUGGCGCUAUCCCAUGAUGCACCACAAAAGGCUGACACACUCACUCCUGAUGGGCAGCCCAGGUGGCGCUCUCAUUUCUUCAGUUGGGGUUACGGACGUCUUUUGUCUCUUUUGAUCCGAUUGCCUGCUGAUCUGACUUCCAAACAGAAGAUGCUGGAGACGUGUAGAACUCAUGGGUAUUGGAUGGGUUACUUGUACCUGUGCAGAGAGCUGCAGCGACGGUCGGAGGCUUUCAAUGCCAUUUGCAGACUGGACGACAUGACAUUACUAGAGGAGGAGGAUGGUAUUGUUCCUCAGUCUCUUGAUGAGUGGGUGUUGCUUCUCCAGCUCUCUCAGCAAAUCAGUAGCAGCAUCAGUGAUGAAGUCCCACCCACUGCUGCUCUGCCCACCAGCAGCAAUAUUAUCAGUACCACCAGCGGAACCUGCUCCGGUAAAACCAAUGGUAACAGCACAGACAAGGGUUCUGCUGACCUAUCUAACGGUUCCACUGACUGGAGUGUUCAUGUCAGUCCGGAAAAUAUCAUCCUGCGGCUGGUGAGAGUCUUUGGGCCGGACCAGGCCCUGGUGGCCCAGCAAGAGUCUGGGGUACAGGUGAACCUCAGUCCACGGUCCACGCUGGUCUGUGAUCUGCUUCGCAUGGCUGAGAAGAGGCAGAGAGCAUUGAUUCAGACCAUGCUGGAGCGCUGUGAUCGGUUUCUAUGGUCUCAGCAUGCUUGAGACCCCCGCAGUAGGGUCCUAGUGUCCACCUGAUCUCCACAUGUCCCUCAAGGAUCCAGCGCUGUUCUCUAUAUGGACACAUUACAGAUUGCUGUCUCUAAUCUGAGCCUGUUUCUAUGCAACUGCACUAGGAUCAAUUGCAUUUAGUGCAUAAGACUGAUUUCAAAGCCUGCGUAUCUGUUUGUCCUGGGUCAUUACUUCCAUUGGACAUUUCUUAGCUUUUCAGACCAGCGCUGUGAUUUGAGAUCAAAUUAAAUUGUCCUGUUGAAUUCAGUGUGAAAAUGUAUGUAAAACUAAAUUCAUUUUACUCUGAAAUUCAAUCUGCUUGUGUUUAUGACGAAGGCCCAAUGUGUUCAGUAUUAUUUUAAGAGUUAUAUAUACAGUAUAUAUAUAUAUACAAUGCUUACAUAUAUGUUCAUCUAUUUAAUUGCCUUCAUUUGAAAGUAUUUGAGAACACAAAUGGGCCUUGAGAAAUGAGGAAAAACUAACAAACCCACACAGUUGUGUCCCUUUAACAAAGAUGAGUAUGAAUAAUUAUGAAUGUAUCAAAUACAAGAUUUUUUUUUUUUGUAACUAAUGUCAAGUGGUUUAACUGGUUAACAGGCUGCUCUUAAUGAAAGCAUAAUAAAUAUGAGUAUCAUGCUAAUUUAAUGUAA